UCCUCCAUGCCUCUUCAAACAGUUGCUCUGGCCAAGGAAUCUCCGGGAGAUGCUUUAGCAUCAAACUUCAAACCCCGUUAAAACUGUUAAGCCUGAUUUAACACCUCAACCUCUUAACUAUGAUAUUAGAAUUUAAUUUAAAAUAGUCAUAAAAUAAGAGAAGUUUAGCCAUUUUUUUAUAAAAUAAAAGGUUAGUCAGGAAAGACAGCUUGGUUAAAACGUAAGCAAAUCGAAAUAUGCAGAGAUGCGUAAUCAAGUGGACAUACGCUGGGCUGUAGGCUGUACGAAAAUGCUGGUCAGCGUAUGAAUGCCAUUUCCACAACCUUUUUCAAGUAAACCCAAAGCAGUAACCUGACCUUACACGUGAGCAAUCGGUCCAUUUCUUGAACUCAAGUUUCGACUUUUGCUCUAUCCGAUCAAAGUUCCUGGAACCCAAAAACUUGAGAAGGCAAAGCAACAGACAAUUUCCUCGGCAGGUCACCAAGAAUCCUAUUUGCCGCUUCAAAGAAGAAUUAAAGACAACAACACCAAGCACAGCAAAAGAAAAAGAGAGAAAAAGAAAAUGGCUUCAGACGUGCCCUGUUGUGGGGCUGAAUUCUUAGUGUAUCUGCUGAUAAUAGUGGGUUUGGUGUGUUUUGCUGGGCUGAUGGCUGGGUUAACACUGGGUCUCAUGUCUCUGGGGCUCGUCGACCUUGAAGUCCUCAUCAAGUCUGGUCGUCCUCAAGAUCGUAUCCAUGCCGCAAAAAUAUUUCCUGUGGUAAAAAAUCAGCAUCUUCUGCUAUGUACUCUAUUGAUUGGAAACUCCUUGGCAAUGGAGGCUCUUCCCAUUUUUUUGGACAAGCUUGUGCUUCCAUGGGCUGCAAUUCUGAUAUCAGUGACUCUUAUCCUCAUGUUUGGAGAGAUAUUGCCUCAAGCUGUUUGUACUCGUUAUGGCUUGAAAGUUGGAGCAGCAAUGGCACCUUUUGUCCGUGUUCUUCUUUUGCUUUUCUUUCCAAUUUCUUAUCCAAUUAGCAAGGUUUUGGACUGGAUGUUGGGUAAGGGACAUGCUGUCCUCCUACGGAGAGCGGAGCUAAAGACUUUUGUGGAUUUUCAUGGCAAUGAGGCUGGGAAAGGUGGAGAUCUAACUCAUGAUGAGACAACUAUCAUUGCUGGGGCACUUGAAAUGACUGAAAAGACUGCCAAAGUUGCCAUGACGCCAAUAUCAAAUGCAUUUUCCCUUGAUCUGGAUACAAUUCUUGAUUUGGAAACGUUGAAUAAAGUAAUGACAAAGGGUCAUAGCAGAGUUCCAGUUUAUUAUGGAAACCCUACAAAUAUAAUUGGACUUGUUCUGGUUAAAAAUCUUUUAACAAUUGAUUCGGAUGGUCCAGUUCCUCUGAGAAAAAUGAUCAUAAGAACAAUCCCACGGGUAUCAGAGGACAUACCACUUUAUGAUAUCCUUAAUGAAUUCCAGAAAGGUCACAGCCACAUCGCUGUGGUGUAUAAGGAUCUGAAUGAGAGCAAAGAAUCAGUGAAGAAAUGUAAAGAGGGUGAACGACCUGAGUUUAAAGACAGCUGUAAGAAUCGAAGGGAUGAACCUGAGACAUCUAGAAAAGAUGAUCGUGAGUCUGGUUUAAGUACCCAAGAAUCAGGGCUUAAAUUGAACUCACAAGAUGUUCAGACACCUGUGACUAACAGUGAUGGAGGUCAGCAGACAAAGAAGAGUCCACCGGCUACUCCUGCCUUUAAGAAGCGACACAGAGGUUGUUCGUACUGCAUAUUGGACAUUGAAAAUGCUCCUAUUCCUGAAUUCCCAUCAGAUGAAGAGGUUGUUGGUGUUAUCACCAUGGAGGAUGUUAUUGAAGAACUUCUUCAGGAGGAGAUACUAGAUGAGACAGAUGAGUACGUCAAUAUCCACAACAGGAUAAAGAUCAAUAUGACUGCAUCCCAGGAAAAUGCUCCGAGUUUGAAUUCAAUGCUACCUUCUCCAAAAGGCAGUGGCAUCCAGACCCCUGCAUCACCAAUGCUUGCAGGACAUCUUCCACAACAUUCCCCCGCCUCCCCUAACUUGGCAGCCCCUGGUCCCACACCAGCCCUUUCAGGUUCUAGCAGCACUUCAAAUACAGCGUCACCUGCUGCAACACAUCAAGCUUCAGGAGAAGCUUCAUUAAAAGAUAGGUGAAACUUCAGCUUCUUUUUUUUUCGUAUGGCAUGAUAAUGAAAUAUAGACUAAGAAAAGUACGAGCUCUUAGUUUAGUGACUUGUUGAGAACCAAUGAAGGACCCUACUUAGUUUUAGGCAGAUUGUUUGCUGGAGACAUGCAAUCAUAUAGAGAAAGGAUUGUCUUUUGGUUUAAUGGAUAAGAACUCAAAUAGACAUCAUUAGAUAUAGAAUUAUAGAUUGAUCAUGAAUGUUUUGUGUAAAGUCAGCAUGAAAUUAUUAUUUACAUUUCAUUUCAAAGCAAUCUGGGCAUGGAACUGGUAACUCUUUUUACAAGAGAAUUGCAUGAAGAUGGCAAGUUGAAUGCAGAAGAAAUGUAAGAGUUUUUUUUUUUUGCUUUUUUA